AACCUCUUUUGUAUAAAUACAGUAACCAUUCGCCGGGGAAGCAGAUUUACCCGAAGAGCUUCAGCUGAGAAAGAGAACAAGAGAACAGAAAGACGUAACGUUUCAUCCCUGUCGGAGUCGAAAGAGUUGAAAGAUGCAGAUCUUUGUGAAAACCCUUACAGGGAAGACGAUCACCCUUGAGGUGGAGCCAAGUGACACCAUUGAGAAUGUCAAGGCCAAAAUCCAGGACAAAGAAGGCAUUCCCCCAGACCAGCAGAGGUUGAUCUUCGCUGGCAAGCAGCUGGAAGAUGGCCGCACCCUGUCCGACUACAACAUCCAGAAGGAGUCCACCCUCCAUCUUGUCCUGCGUUUGAGGGGAGGCAUGCAGAUCUUCGUCAAGACCCUGACGGGGAAGACCAUCACCCUCGAGGUGGAGCCCAGCGACACCAUUGAGAACGUGAAGGCCAAAAUCCAGGACAAAGAAGGCAUUCCCCCAGACCAGCAGAGGUUGAUCUUCGCCGGCAAGCAGCUGGAAGAUGGUCGCACCCUGUCCGACUACAACAUCCAGAAGGAGUCCACCCUCCAUCUUGUCCUGCGUCUGAGGGGAGGCAUGCAGAUCUUCGUCAAGACCCUGACGGGGAAGACCAUCACCCUCGAGGUGGAGCCCAGCGACACCAUUGAGAACGUGAAAGCCAAAAUCCAGGACAAAGAAGGCAUUCCCCCAGACCAGCAGAGGUUGAUCUUCGCCGGUAAGCAGCUGGAAGAUGGUCGCACCCUGUCCGACUACAACAUCCAGAAGGAGUCCACACUCCAUCUUGUCCUUCGUCUGAGGGGAGGCAUGCAGAUCUUCGUCAAGACCCUGACGGGGAAGACCAUCACCCUCGAGGUGGAGCCCAGCGACACCAUUGAGAAUGUGAAAGCCAAAAUCCAGGACAAAGAAGGCAUUCCCCCAGACCAGCAGAGGUUGAUCUUCGCCGGUAAGCAGCUGGAAGAUGGUCGCACCCUGUCCGACUACAACAUCCAGAAGGAGUCCACCCUCCAUCUUGUCCUUCGUCUGAGGGGAGGCAUGCAGAUCUUCGUCAAGACCCUGACGGGGAAGACCAUCACCCUCGAGGUGGAGCCCAGCGACACCAUUGAGAACGUGAAGGCCAAAAUCCAAGACAAAGAAGGCAUUCCCCCAGACCAGCAAAGGUUGAUCUUCGCCGGUAAGCAGCUGGAAGAUGGUCGCACCCUGUCCGACUACAACAUCCAGAAGGAGUCCACCCUCCAUCUUGUCCUGCGUCUGAGGGGAGGCAUGCAGAUCUUCGUCAAGACCCUGACUGGGAAGACCAUCACCCUCGAGGUGGAGCCCAGCGACACCAUUGAGAACGUGAAGGCCAAAAUCCAGGACAAAGAAGGAAUUCCCCCAGACCAGCAGAGGUUGAUCUUCGCCGGCAAGCAGCUGGAAGAUGGUCGCACCCUGUCCGACUACAACAUCCAGAAGGAAUCCACCCUCCAUCUUGUCCUGCGUCUGAGGGGAGGCAUGCAGAUCUUCGUCAAGACCCUGACGGGGAAGACCAUCACCCUCGAGGUGGAGCCCAGCGACACCAUUGAGAACGUGAAGGCCAAAAUCCAGGACAAAGAAGGCAUUCCCCCAGACCAGCAGAGGUUGAUCUUCGCCGGCAAGCAGCUGGAAGAUGGUCGCACCCUGUCCGACUACAACAUCCAGAAGGAGUCCACCCUCCAUCUUGUCCUGCGUCUGAGGGGAGGCAUGCAGAUCUUCGUCAAGACCCUGACGGGGAAGACCAUCACCCUCGAGGUGGAGCCCAGCGACACCAUUGAGAACGUGAAGGCCAAAAUCCAGGACAAAGAAGGCAUUCCCCCAGACCAGCAGAGGUUGAUCUUUGCCGGCAAGCAGCUGGAAGAUGGUCGCACCCUGUCCGACUACAACAUCCAGAAGGAGUCCACCCUCCAUCUCGUCCUUCGUCUUAGAGGGGGACAGUAAUUGUUACAAUACAAACCCUAUCCAGUCCCAUCCCUUUUUAUAUUUAAUUUUGCAUUUUAAAUCUUGCAUUUCUUUUUUUUUAUUCCUGAUGACUCAAUAAAAGCAUUUGACGUUA